AGAAACCACCUUUUGAGGAAUCCACACGCUAAUCCAAAAAAAAUCAGCUCAAAUAAAUUCCACUUCCUCUGCUUCCUCUUCUUCAUCUGGCGAAUGACGGACUAUCAGUUAGCACCCGCCAUGAAUCGUUGGACCGACGAUAAUUCUUCUGUUAUGGAAGCUUUCAUGGCCUUUGAUCUCUCUUCUGUAUGGCCUCCUCCACCUCAAUCAUCUGCAUCCACUUCCACUUCCACACCUCCUGCUCCUGCUUCCCUCAAUCAAGAGUCUCUCCAGCAGCGUCUCCAAGCCCUCAUCGAAGGGGCUUGCGAGAGCUGGACUUACGCCAUCUUCUGGCAGUCUUCCUACGAUUACUCCGCCCCUACCGUGCUUGGUUGGGGCGAUGGGUAUUACAAAGGCGAAGAGGAUAAAGGAAAAACUAAGUCCAAAGCCACUUAUCCUCUCGCAGAACAAGAGCACCGUAAAAAGGUGCUUCGAGACCUUAACUCCUUGAUUUCCGGAUCCACCGCUCCAGCCGACGAUUCCGUCGACGAAGAAGUCACCGACACCGAGUGGUUCUUUUUGCUUUCCAUGACCCAGUCUUUCGUCAACGGAAACGGGCUUCCGGGACAAGCCUUUUUCAAUUCGAGUCCGGUUUGGGUUGUUGGGUCAGACCGGCUAGCGAGCUCUGUCUGCGAGAGAGCGAGGCAAGCUCAGGUUUUCGGUUUCAAAUCGAUGGUUUGUAUGCCGUCGGCAAGUGGAGUUGUUGAGUUAGGUUCAACUGAACUUAUCACCCAAAGCUCAGAUCUGAUGAACAAAGUCCGGGUUUUGUUUAAUUUCAGUAUCGGAAUUGAAGCUGGUCCUGCUGAUCAAGGCGAAAAUGAUCCUUCUUCACUUUGGAUUAGUGAUCCAAAUCCUGGGAUCGAGUUCAAUAAUAGCGAUCAGCAUCAGCAGAUUCACAAGUCACCUCAGUUCUGUGACAACCCAAGUUCCAGUAGUUUAACCGAGAAUCCGAGUUCCAUUCCUACUGUAAAUCAUCAUUAUCAGCAGCAGCAUAAUCAUCCGCUGGGGCAGAGUUUAUUCUUGAAUUUUUUGGAUUAUGGCUUUGAUGGUAGCAGCAAUGUGAGGAAUGGGAAUUCAUCUUUUCCUUUGUUGAAACCAGAAGCCGGUGAGAUAUUGAAUUUUGGUGAGAGUAAGCCAACUGGGAAUACAAAUUUGUUUUCAGGGAAGAAGAGAUCGCCUACUUCAAGAGGGAGAAAUGAAGAAGCCAUGCUUCCAUUUAAUUCAGGUGUGCUUUUGCCUUCUUCUGUUGUGGUGAAAUCAAGUGGGGGUGCUGGUGAUUCAGAUCACUCCGAUAUAGAAGCUUCUUUCGUUAAGGAGGCCGAUAGUAGUAGAAUCGUGGAGCCGGAAAAGAGGCCUCGAAAACGAGGGAGAAAACCGGCAAAUGGAAGAGAAGAACCUCUGAAUCAUGUUGAAGCAGAGCGUCAAAGAAGGGAGAAGCUUAACCAGAAGUUCUACGCCCUGCGUGCCGUGGUUCCCAACGUGACAAAGAUGGAUAAAGCAUCACUCUUGGGUGAUGCCAUUUCAUACAUCAACGAGCUCAAGUCAAAGCUACAAAAUGAAGAUGCUGAGAAAGAUGAGUUGCAUAACCAACUAGAAAAAACGAAGAAACAAUUGUCAUGUACAGCACAACCAGCACAUGAUCAAGACCACAGGAUGUCUAGCCACCUUGCCAGUAAACUGAUAGAUUUGGAGAUUGACGCUAAAAUUAUCGGAAGGGAUGUAAUGAUCCAAAUCCAAUGCAGUAAAAAGAACCAUCCAGCAGCAAGGUUAAUGGAUGCGUUGAAGGAGUUAGACCUGGAAGUGCAGCAUGCCAGUGUAUCAGUAGUGAAAGACUUGAUGAUCCAACAAGCUUCCAUGAAGAUGGGGAGUCGGUUUUACAUGCCGGAGCAGCUAAAGAUUGCCCUAAUAUCGAAGCUCGGAGAUGGAAGAUAGAGAGUAUUCAGCAGAGCUUGAUCCGAAACAAGCAACUCGGAUCAUUGGCUGCAUGGCUCUGGGACAUUUUAAGGCUCCCGCUAAGCUCUGUAAAAAUAGUGCUCUUCUAGUUUGUUGGCAAUAGUAUUUAGUGUAGUUAUUAAUAGUUUGAGGUGAUCCUAGUCAAGUAUGUGUUGACUUUAAUGUAUAUAGCUUGUAAUGAAUUUAACCUGAAUGAACAAGUUCUGGUUUGUUUUAA